CCCAUUCACAGUUCAUAUUGAUUGAAGCUUUCAGUUUGGCUCCAUCUUGUGUGUGUGUGGUUUUGCUUUGAUAGAUGAUUUGAUUACUUCAGUCUCAAACACUCACCACCUCGCACUAACUCGUGAAUUUCUGCUCUCUUUCUUUUGUGGAUUCUUGUCCUUUACUUGGGUUCUUUUGCGUUAGUUAGCUUUCUUUCUCCAGCAUUACCAAACACCCCAUGUGCUCUUUCAUUUUCUUGGCUUCUCUUUUGUUUCCUUAAAUACCCAUUAGGCCAUUUGGUCUUGAUCUGUAAAAGAGUACGUGGUUUCUUCAACAAUAUAUGAAGGGAAGAGAUGAAAGGGCAAAAUGAAGAGGGGAAGAAAGUAGGAGAAUAUACAAAAGAGAAGAUCUGCUGAUAAAAGAAUUGUCUAUAUAUGGCUGUGUCCACUGAGACAGUUAUGGCUAUCAAGACUUACCAAAAUCAGGCUGAGGCAUUGGUUAAGAAUUACUUAUUAGCUGAUCCUUUCAUUCCUUACACUUCCGUCCUUGGUGGCAUUUUUGCUUGCAAAGUGGUAACUGUCUCACCUUUUAGAUCCUUUUGAACUUGAGAGCUGUUGCCUGACCAACACUAGCAUGUUCAUUUCAAUUUUAGUGGAGGGUGUAGUCGUGCACCUACCUCAUUAUGAUGGCCUAUGAUCUCACUCAAUUAAUCAGCACUUUUUACAUCAAAGCUUAUAAUGGUCUUACAAAACUUCAACGAAUUGAGUGGAACAAUAGAGGCAUGUCUACAAUUCAUGCCAUUUUCAUCACAGCUAUGUCAUUGUACUUUGUCUUCUGGUCGGAUCUCUUUUCUGACCAACGGCAUACUGGCCUUGUUACAUUACGGAGUUCACAGCUCUCCAUUGUUGGACUUGGGGUUUCUAUUGGGUACUUCUUUGUGGACUUUGGAAUGAUUUUUUUGUACUAUCCUACUUUGGGUGGAAAGGAGUAUGUUAUCCAUCAUUCUCUUUCUACAAUUGCAGUAGCGUAUUCUAUGUUGUCUGGAGAACUGCAGCUUUAUACAUACAUGUGCCUCAUCUCUGAAGUGACAACUCCAGAGAUUAAUAUGAGAUGGUAUCUUGAUACAGCUGGUCUGAAGAGGUCUGCUGCAUAUCUUAUCAACGGUCUAGCCAUCUUUCUUGCUUGGCUGAUGGCAAGAAUUCUGCUGUUUCUUUACCUGUUUUACCACAUCUACUUGCACUAUGAUCAGGUUAUCCAGAUGAGCCUCUUUGGCUGUCUUCUGACCUUUUUGGUUCCGGCAGUACUAUUUAUCAUGAACUUGAUGUGGUUUGGGAAGAUCAUAAAGGGAUUGAAGAAAGCCUUGGCAAAAAGACUCUGACAGAUGUCGCCAUGUAUCAACUAUGUUCCUCUCAUGGCCGGUCUGAUGUCCCCCCUCCUACUUUCUUUAUUGUACAUGAUAGAGGCCAAAACAAGAAAAGGUAUUCAGAUGUUGAAGAUCAAAUUAAUCCGUAAAUCUAUAACUAGCAUGGUUUUUCCUUUCAAACAGUCGCAUGCUAGAGACUUCAAGACCAUCCAUCCAUCUGUCCAGCCCAUCUACAUGAAAAUCCAAUCCAAGGGCUAUAAUCAUGAGUUAGGUACCUAUCUAGAAAGAAGUGUUGCAUAUUAUUAUUCUUUGGGAAACAUCAUGUAUUGAUCCAUUAUUAAUUAACUUCCAAACCUUUUAUUUUUAUUAAUUUCACUCCAAAUUUAAUCAGUA